AAUUCUGCGUCGUCUUUUUCCAGUGUAACGUGCAACAACAUGGUUCAAAUUGUGGGAUUCAACGUUGCCAAAACGAUGAAAUUCUUAUCAACCCUGCCACAAGCUGGAACGUUUGCUAUUGCUUAUGGUAGUGGGGUUUAUCAGCAACUUGGACAGUCAACAAAGGGAAAGAUGGUGGAUCUCAUUCUUGUGGUUGACAAUCCGGCUUCGUGGCAUUCAGACAACCUCCGGCUUAACCCGGAUCACUAUUCAUUCUUGAGGCACCUAGGCCCUUCCCGACUGACGGAUAUCCAGAGGAAAUUCGGCGCAAAGCUGUACUUCAAUCCGAUGGUUGAUUAUGACGAUAUGAGUUUCAAAUAUGGAGUGAUCCAUAUGGAUGACUUUUUGUGUGACUUAUUGGAAUGGGAAGAUCUCUACGUAGCGGGACGACUCCAUAAGCCAGUGUAUUAUUUGAAUACGAAGUUCUCCAAUCGGGUAGCAUCAGCUUUAUCGAAGAAUCUUCGAUCGGCAGUACUUGCGGCCUUGUUAAUUCUUCCACCAGAAUUUAGUGAAGAAAUGCUUUUCAAGACAAUAGCCGGCAUUUCAUACUCCGGCGAUGUUCGUAUGACAUUUGGUGAGGACCAAAAUAAAGUAUCAAACAUCGUGGAAGCUCAAAUGCCUGCCUUCCGAGAAUUAUACGGCCCUACCUUGGAUACCAUGAAGGAUUGGCUGGAAUUUUGCAACCGAAGGGCCAUAUUCGAGCAAGAUAUCACUCCUGCAGCAAAAUUCCAUCAUCUUAACUUGUUGCCGAGCAACGUUUCCGAGGGUCUAACAGAAAUUUACAAAUCGCGCAAGAUGGGCGGCUCCAUAGAAGAUUGUGAAGAUGCCAUUCUUGCUGCUGCUCACGAUCCCGAUGCUCGAGAUAUCCUUCUUUGGAGGAUGUCGGAAAUUGUGAAAAAAUCGAGUGCUGGUCAGGCUGUCAAAGGGGCCUGCACAGCAGGAGCGAGAAAAGCGCUUUCAUAUGGCGGUCAGAAAGUGUUGAAAUGGUUAACCAGUGUGAGGAGAACCUCAAGAUGUCGGGCGCCCGUCAUUCGUUCGUUCUCAGCUUCGACUCAGCCCGAGAAGAAAAUUGACGGAAAAGAUGCCUUGCCGCCCGCGGAAUACCGUCAAAUUUUCCCUGAAUUUCUCCCGAAUCCUCGAUUAGAUUGGAGGAACAAAUUAAGGGAAAAACUGGAACGAGCCGACAUGCUUCAACGUCGGAAGCACAUUGAAAUACCCGAGUUCUACGUUGGCACCAUUAUGGCUGUCGUAGUGUCAGAUCCGCAUGCACCUGGGAAAUCAAGU